GUGUGUGACGGGGAGAGAGAGAGAACGGUCGAGCGAGGUGGUGUGUGUGUGACGGGGAGAGAGAGAGAACGGUCGAGCGAGGUACAGUCAGACUGAUACCCUCUGAUUGUUUGUGGUGUGUUCAGUUGGAGGCUGAGCAGCUUCACAUUACAAACCUGAAGUCAGUCCACUCUUUGAUUAAGUCAUCAUCAUUAUUAUUAUCAUUAUUACUAUUAUUAUUAUUAUUAUUGUUAUUAUUGUUGACAGUUAUUUUAGUUAACACGUGUUUUGUUUCUGGAUUAUUUCACCUGGUCAGCUCAGACUCGUGUGUCUCAGGUACGUACAGCAGCUUUACUCCUUUUAAAAUGUUCAAGAUUAAGUUUGAUGUUUGAAACGUGUUUUUAUUCAAUAUUGUUUUUAAUGUAAUUGUAUUUUAUUAAACACCUGAUCGCGUUUCCUUCUAACUCGUCCACAGAGAUUAAAAGCCUCCGUUCCUCCAGCAGAUCGUAAUUAAGUCAUUAUUUAAUUAAAAUAAUCGCUGUGUGUUCAUGUUUGCGUCCUCACACACACUCAGAAGAGAAAUUUGUACUUUUCCUCAUUUUGUCAGAAAAGUUAGAAAUAUUCCCACAACACAAAAAUACAAGUUCAUGAAAAUUUAGGCCUCAGAUUUAUUUGAUUUUGAUUGCUAAUAAAGGUUUUAAUGAUUUAAAGUUAUUUGUUAUUUAAACGUGCAGCUGAAAUGUUGCGGAGGACAAACUUGUUCCUCCACAUUCACAUUUUAUUUAUGAUUUUUUAAUAAAUAAAAUAUUGAUCACCUCAAAUAAAAAAAGAAUUAAAUAAUGUUUUGUUUAAAUUAUAGGACUCUUGUAACGUGGUUGUAUUUACUCAUCUAUAAGUGUAUAAAUUAUGACAUUAUUGUUUCUAUUAAGUUUGAAUUAUUUUCAUAUUGAUUGUAGGACAAACAUGUAGAGCACAAAACAGGCAAAAAAAAUGUCAAAAUGUACAUUUAAUUAUUUUUUUCAGUGCAGAAAACUAAAAACAAUGAAUCCCAAUAAAUAAAUAAAUACAUUGAUAAAUAUCUUCUUAUAGUAAAACUGUGUAAAAUUGUAGCUUUGGAUCUGAGGAGUCGGGAUCUGAGUGCUGGAAUGAAACCGGAGCCGAUAAAACACAUCUGCAAAUAAACCAGAUGGACUGAAUGUGACAGUCUGCAGAGUUCAAAAUGAUGUUCUAUAUUUUCUGUAUCCUGAAAAAAACUUGUGAGUCUAAAAUGUUUGACGGUCUCAGCUGAACGCUCUCCGUCUCCUCUCUGUGAUCUGAGUUUACAUCAAACUCUCAGAAAUGUAAUUUAAGUUUUGGUGGAAAUCAAUUUUUGCAAAUAUUGAAAGAAACAUUUUGAGGAGAAGAUAAAAUCUAUAAAUGUAGAAAUAUCCAGUGUGACGUCGAGGGGGAAUAACGAACAUGCAGGAGAAAUAAGAGGCAGAAGUUUAUCUUCACGUUAACAUAUGAACGGUCAGCUGAGUCCUCAGAUCAGUGAUCAAUACAUCAAUACACUGGCAGCUUAUCAAUACUGUGUGUUUAUAAUGAUAUGAUAGCACUUGUUUUUAUACCUGUCAUGUUUUCUGUUUCAUGGGUGAUUUAAUUUAUGGAUAUUAGAGAGAAAACAAAUGAAGAGUUUCCAACGUGUCAGUAAACAGGACAGAAGAGUUACUGCACACAGUCACAUCACAUUCAUACACAAUGUUUAGAGAUAAUUACAUUUGUAGACUAAUAUUAUGAACUGACAGUGACAUUUACAGACAACACAUGAUAUUUGUAGACGAUAAUAUUUAAGAUGAUAAUGUUCAUAGCUUAAAGUGACUCACAGUUUAGUUAUUAAUACAGAAAACAUGAAACCAAACGUUUCCUUCCAGUUCCGUCACAUCGGAGCUUCCUGCAGUGAACUGAAGUGUCUGUGAGCAGAAUGUGUCCGACACUGUGAGAAUAUUGUUCUCCACUCAGAGUAAAUAGAAACGUCAGUGAAUCGUUGAGAAUUUAUUAAGACAUGUAAUACAACCACUUUGUCAAAUUUUAAAUCUGAGGGAAAAAAAAAACUGCAAUUGACGUGAGUUGACGUGAGAGACAGGAUGAAAGUUUCCACCUCCACAGACGACAUGAAGCUUCAGGCAAGUUCAAUAAAACUGACCAAAGACCAACAUUUGUUGCCUUAUUGAACAUAAUUUCUGUGGCGACUGCAGGAACUUUUCAGCCACAGUCAGACGUCCACAGAAACAUCUGCCCUCAGUCAUUAUGUUGUCCGGGUGUUUACUCCUCCAGGUCUGGUUCUGCACCAGUAACAACAUCUGUGUGUCCAGAUGAAGGUGGAGGGGUUACAGGAGGACGGGGAGUCCGGUUCUCUGACCUCAGCGGACCGGACCGGUGUGGCGGUUCGUACCGGCGGGGCGGCGGUGUGCAGCCCCGGCUCGGCCGAGCGAUGCAUGUCUCGGCUGCUGAGCGCGGUGGAGAGCGAGCUGCAGGCCGGCCGUGAGAAGGGCGACCCGACGGAGAAGGAGCUGAGGGUGACGCUGGAGGACGCCGAGCUGUGGAGGAAGUUCGAGCACAUCACCAACGAGAUGAUCGUCACCAAGAACGGACGCCGGAUGUUCCCGGUCCUGAAGGUCAGUGUGUCGGGUCUGGACCCCAGCUCCAUGUACUCCUUCCUGCUGGACUUUGUUCCGGCCGACGGCUGCCGAUGGAAGUUCGUGAACGGGGAGUGGGUGGCUGCCGGCCGGGCGGAGGGCCGCAGCGAGGGGCGCGGCCACGGCGGCAUCUACAUCCACCCUGACUCGCCGAACUUCGGCGCUCACUGGAUGAAGGCGGCGGUGACGUUCAACAAAGUCAAACUCACCAACAAGGUGAACGGAGGAGGACAGAUCAUGUUGAACUCUCUCCAUAAAUACGAGCCUCAGCUCCACAUCGUGUGCGUCGGCUCUCGUCAUCGCCUGGUUUCGAAUGUUUCCUUCAAAGAGACUCAGUUCAUCGCCGUCACGGCCUAUCAGAACGAAGAGAUCACGGCUCUGAAGAUCAAGUACAACCCGUUUGCUAAAGCCUUCCUGGACGCUAAAGAGAGAAACCCGGGCGGACGGAGUUUACCGGAGUCGUUGGAGAGUCGAGCCGGGAUUCAACCCUGUUGGCCGCUGUGCUCGGCUGGAGGAGGCGGAGCUUUUCCUUACGGCAGCAGCCUCCCGCUGACAUCACAUCAUCACCAUGGUUACAAACACCAUGGUUAUCCGGGGCGACACACACCUUACCCCACUGCCUACCUGCCGCACCGCUCACACUCCUCAGUGUGUCUGUCUGAAGGAGUCCAGGUGUUGUCAGAUGGAUGGAGCAGCUCCUCUCCUCGUCCCGCCUCCUCCUCCUCUUCCUCGCUGUCCUCCUCCACCUCCCUCCCCCUGGCGAGCGGCGCUCCUUCCUCACAGCCUCCUCCUCACAACUCCAGUCAGUAUCCCUGUCUGUGGACGGUUGGAUGCAGCGAGCUAAGCCCCUCCCACUCCCCUUGCACCGCUCUCCAUGGACCAAUCAGCAGCGAGAGCCUCAUGCAGCCGCCCAGUAACGGCAGGAUGGGCGGAGCUGGGUGGCCUCCUGGCCCCACCCACAAUUUCUGAGGAACCACAUGAUUGGUUGUUAUUGGAUUUCCCAGCAUGAACCUGCUGGUGAUGGUGGAAACGUCCAGCAGGUGUUGCUAGCUGCUAGAUGCUAGCUGCUAGCUGCUAGCUGCUCCUGUUGGCUUGUUAAGUUGAACUUUAAAUCAUUAUCAUGAUUUAAGUUUCAGAUUUGAACUGUGACCAACAUUUUUCUGUUCUGAUGACAUCAUCCCUCUGUAAAGACUCCCUGCUGUGCACUGGUUGAUGUUGUUGUGACGGCGCCCUCUGCUGUUCAUUCCUCCUGCGCUGAUGUUCCUGUCGUCUGUACUCCAACAUGUAUAUAUGUGUACAGUCUGUCAGAGCAGGACGUCUGAUCGAUCGAUUGAUAAUGUGAUUACUUCAGCUGCAUGUUGCUUUUGUGUUGUUGUUCUUUCUGGACUUCUGAUUGUUGCUGAACAGCAGAAACAAAAUAUUUAACAAAAGUAAAACAAAGUGCACAAUAAACUGAGUUCUUUCAUGUCUCUGUUGGCUGGAGGACCGAGUUCUUCUUCUGCUCCUUGUUGUCGUUUGAGACAGAAAGUGAGGCAGGUUACUGUCAUUCUGCUGUGUCAAUAAAGGUUUGGAUGAAAGUUUUCUUGUAAUAUUUUAAUUUUAUAUUUAUUCAUUUGGUUUUAACCCCAAAGGUGCACUUUGAAUAAAACACAUUUUUCUCCCAAGUGUUAUGAUGAAACAGGAAAUGUCACCAAAUGAAAAGUGAUUCAUGAAAAAAAUUAAAAUGUCUAUAUUUGCUUCUUUUUUCUUUUCUUUUCUUUUCUUUUCUUUUUUUUUUUUUAGCUCAAAACGAUGAUAAACAGGCUUUCAUGAGAAAUAAAUGUCAUGUUGUGUAUGUAAACUGUGUAUUGAUGUGAAUAUCUAUAUGUGAAUAUAUGUCUGUAUGUAUGAAUAAAUAAAACAGUUAAUAAAUGA